CAGCGGCUUCCUCUUAGGGGAGCAAGCGGGGUCAGCACCCGAGACUGGCCAGCUCGGGGACUCCGGUUCCGGCUCUCGGGCCGGGUGGCUGGCAGCACCCGGGGAAGCUGGAGGUACUUGGGGACUGUGGCGCUCCUCUCCUGCCUCCUCCUCGGAGCCUCGCAGUCCCCUCCUAGCCUAUGAGUAGAGCCCCGCCAUGGCACUGAGCAAAGGGCUGCGGCUGCUCCGGAGGCUGGAGCCCCCAGGGGAGAGCAGCAUCCUGCUGGAGGCCCGCAGCCGCCACGACUGUCUGCUCUUCGAGGCCGGCACCGUGGCCACGCUCACUCCAGAAGAAAAGGAGGUAAUUAAAGGACAGUAUGGGAAGCUCAUAGAUGCUUACGGCUGCUUGGGCGAGCUCAGGUUAAUAUCUGGUGGUACACAACUGAGCUUCCUGGUCUUGGUGACAGGCUGUACAUCAGUGGGAAGAAUUCUUGAUGCUGAGAUCUAUAAAAUCACCACAAUCGACUUCUGUCCACUCCAGGAAGAUGUCAAGGAAGAAGACCGUCUCACUGCCCUGAAAAAAAUUCUCAACUCUGGGAUGUUCUAUUUCUCCUGGCCAAAUGCUGGCUCCAAUUUUGACCUGACCGUCCGAGCUCAAAAGCAGGGUGAUGACAAUUAUGAGUUGGGAAAUUCCUUUUUCUGGAACCAACUGUUGCAUGUGCCCUUGAAACACUACCAGGUGAACUGUUCUGAUUGGCUGCUGAAGGUGAUCUGUGGAGUGGUGGCCAUCCGCACUGUGUAUGCCUCCCAUAAACAAGUCAAAGCUUGCCUCAUCUCCCGGAUCAGCUGCGAACGAGCUGGUGCCCGGUUUCACAUCAGGGGAGUGAAUGAUGAUGGACAUGUGUCUAAUUUUGUCGAGACAGAGCAGACGAUUUACAUGGAUGAUGGCGUGUCGUCUUUUGUCCAAAUCAGAGGCUCAGUUCCAUUGUUUUGGGAGCAACCAGGACUUCAGGUCGGCUCUCAUCAUCUAAAACUUAAUCGAGGUCUAGAAGCAAAUGCCCCUGCUUUUGACAGGCAUAUGAUGCUUCUGAAAGAGCAGUAUGGAAAGCAAGUGAUCGUUAACCUGUUGGGAAGCAGAGGAGGAGAGGAGGUGCUCAACAGAGCCUUCAAGAAAUUGCUUUGGGCCUCUUUCCAUGCUGGAGACACACCUAUGAUAAAUUUUGACUUCCAUCAGUUGGCCAAAGGAGGGAAAAUAGAAAAAUUGGAGAACCUUUUGAGGCCCCAGUUAAAGUUGCACUGGGAUGAAUUUGACGUUUUUGCCAAGGGCAAGAAUAUAAGUCCACGUUUCCAGAAAGGUACCUUGCGAAUGAACUGUCUGGACUGCUUGGAUCGAACAAAUACUGUACAGUGCUUUAUAGCCCUUGAGGUUCUUCUCUUACAACUGGAGAGUCUGGGACUGAAUUCAAAGCCUGUCACUGAGCGCUUUGUGGAGUCAUACAAAGCCAUGUGGUCUCUUAAUGGUCACAACCUGAGCAAAGUCUUUACAGGCAGCCGGGCCUUGGAAGGAAAGGCCAAGGUCGGGAAACUCAAGGAUGGGGCUCGGUCUGUGUCUAGAACCAUUCAGUCCAAUUUCUUUGAUGGGGUAAAGCAAGAAGCCAUCAAACUGCUGCUGGUUGGUGAUGUCUACAAGGAUGAGUAUGCUGAGAAAGGGAGGAUGCUUAUGGACAGCACAGCACUUUUAGUGACUCCAAGGAUCUUAAAAGCCAUGUCAGAACGGCAGUCAGAAUUCACCAAUUUCAAACGAAUUCGGAUUGCCAUGGGAACCUGGAAUGUAAAUGGAGGAAAACAAUUCAGAAGUAAUCUUCUGGGCACUGGAGAAUUAACUGACUGGCUGCUGGAUUCUCCCAAACUUUCAGGGGCUACUGAAUUUCAAGAUGACAGUAGCCCAGCUGACAUAUUUGCAGUAGGAUUUGAAGAGAUGGUAGAAUUGAGUGCAGGAAAUAUUGUCAAUGCUAGCACUACCAAUAGAAAAAUGUGGGGAGAGCAACUUCAGAAGGCUAUCUCAAGGUCUCAUAGGUACAUUCUGUUGACUUCUGCUCAGCUUGUAGGCGUCUGCCUUUAUAUCUUUGUACGCCCUUACCAUGUUCCAUUUAUCAGGGAUGUAGCAAUUGAUACAGUGAAGACUGGCAUGGGAGGAAAAGCUGGGAACAAAGGCGCUGUUGGCAUCCGAUUUCAGUUCCACAGCACUAGCUUCUGUUUUAUUUGUAGUCAUUUGACUGCUGGACAGUCACAGGUGAAAGAAAGGAAUGAAGACUAUAAAGAGAUUACACAGAAGCUCAGUUUCCCCAUGGGAAGAAGUGUCUUUUCUCAUGACUAUGUAUUCUGGUGUGGAGAUUUCAAUUAUCGAAUUGAUCUUACUUAUGAAGAAGUCUUCUAUUUUGUUAAACGACAAGACUGGAAAAAACUUCUAGAAUUUGAUCAGCUACAACUGCAGAAAUCCAGCGGAAAAAUCUUUAAGGAUUUUCAUGAAGGUACCAUUAAUUUUGGACCCACAUACAAAUAUGAUGUUGGCUCAGAAGCUUAUGAUACAAGUGAUAAAUGUCGUACCCCAGCCUGGACUGACAGGGUACUAUGGUGGAGGAAGAAACAUCCUCUUGAUAAAACAGCGGGAGAACUCAACCUUCUAGACAAUGAUUUAAAUGUUGACACGAAAAUCAAGCAUACCUGGUCUCCUGGUGCUCUUAUGUACUAUGGUCGAGCAGAACUUCAGGCUUCUGAUCACAGGCCCGUGUUGGCAGUUGUGGAAGUGGAAGUCCAAGAAGUGGAUGUAGAUGCCCGGGAGAGAGUCUUCCAGGAAGUGUCAUCUUUCCAAGGACCCCUGGAUGCUACAGUGGUAGUAAACUUACAAUCACCAACUCUAGAAGAAAAAAAUGAGUUCCCUGAGGAUUUGCGGGCCGAGCUUAUGCAAACCUUAGGGAAUUAUGGGACCAUAAUUCUUGUCAGGAUCAAUCAAGGGCAAAUGUUGGUGACUUUUGCAGAUAGCCGGUCAGCCCUUAAUGUCUUAGAUGUGGAUGGUAUGAAGGUAAAAGGUAGGGCAGUGAAGAUCAGACCAAAAACAAAGGAUUGGCUAAAAGGUCUUCAAGAAGAAAUUGUCCGGAAACGAGAUAGCAUUGUAUCUAUGUCCCCCACGGCCAAUUCCUGUUUGUUAGAAGAAAACUUUGACUUCUCCAGUUUGGACUAUGAAUCAGAAGGAGACAUUCUUGAUGAGGAUGAGGACUAUUUGAUCGAUGAACAACAGCCCACUUUCCUCACUGACACAGAAUUGUCAGGGGAUGAUUAUUUGGAAGCCUCAGGCUCUUCCACAGCAGGAGCACCUCCCAGCAAGUCUCCAGCAUUGACUAAAAAGAAAUCUCGCCCAUACAAAGAUGAUGCCGACCUGGCAGAAUUAAAGCAGGAGCUGGAAGCUGUUGGGGACUUCCGCCAUCGUUCUCCAAGCAGGUCUCUGUCUGUUCCUAACAGGCCUCGGCCACCUCACCCACCACAGAGACCCCCCCCUCCAACUGGUUUGAUGGUGAAAAAGUCUGCUUCUGAUGCAUCUAUUUCCUGUGGCACUCAUGGGCAAUAUUCCAUCUUACAGACAGCUAAACUUCUUCCAGGAGCACCUCAGCAGCCACCAAAAGCCAGGACUGGGAUAAGUAAACCAUAUAAUGUCAAACAGAUCAAAACUACUAAUGCUCAAGAAGCUGAGGAAGCCAUUCGGUGCCUCAUGGAAGCAAAAGGAGGAACACAGGAAGAGGCACUAAAUGCAGUUUUCUUAAGGAAUCAAGUGUCCACCAAACCAGAGCCCUUAUCUACUGGACCCAAAUCAGGAUCUUCUCAGACAAGUCAGCUCCUCCCUCAUCGACCUGCACCCAGAAUUCCUGUGAUAAAAAAGCCAACACUUCGAAGAACAGGAAAACCUUUAUCCCCAGAAGAGCAGUUUGAGCAACAAGUCAUCCAGUUUACCAUUGGGUCCCCAGAGCCUGCUGUUGAAAGCCCCACUCUAGCGGUGCCCCCCAGGGUUGCUCCUGUCCCCAAACCACGAACAUUACAGCCUGGGAGAGCUGCUGAGAGAAGACUGAGCAGUGAAGUACAAGUUUCAGCUGAAGGGGAGGCCGCCAGGCCACCACCACCUUCGGAAACCGCUUCCCUUGUUCCCAAGGUCCCCCCCAGGAGGAAGAAGUCCGCCCCAGCUGCUUUUCAUCUCCAGGUCCUGCAGGGCAACAAUUUGCUCUUCCAGGACGUGACUUGCUGUGGCACUAACAACAAUAACAACCACUACCAUCCCUCCCGGGAUGGCGACCGACUCGAGUCGGGCCCCCUUGCUUCCCAAGCAGACCUUCUUAGUACUUCACCAGCGCCCAGCAUCCAUGCUGACAAUACAAAGGCAGUGAAGACCGAGGCAUCCUCCCUUCUUGGUGAGCAUCAGGAUCCCUUCCUGAGCCUCCUCCAUCAUCCCAAGAUACUGAACACUGGCUGGUUUACUAAGAACACGGAGCCUUUGGGCCCAGUGACCUCAAAUAUGGAAAAGGAAUCCUCCAACCCAGCACAAAUGAGUGCUCCAGCAUCUAGGGUGGGACCUUUACCAGCCCGUGGGCACAAAGACUUUGGAAACUGGGUUAUAUUCAGUGAUGAGGAAGACAAGAGGACAGCAUUACAGCUGUUUGAUCCACUGGCAAAAACAUGACAAAAAGAUCUUUACAGACACUGCCUUGUAAAGUUGUGUGUCCAUUUCCCUCUCAACAUAUCAUUCAUUGUAAAUCUUAUCAUCAAUAAGAAAUUCCCUCUAUGUAAAAUGGGGCCUUUUUCCUCUUCUGUUUUAACAGGACAUUGGAGAAAAUAGAAGUAUCCUUUUGUUUGGUCUUGUACAAAAUAGUUUUAUCUUUCAUCAGUAGGAACAAUAUCAUUCCUCCACCUUAGCUUCUGAGAAAAUGCUUUGUUGCAGGUUUGAGCAUGUCGGCUUCUUUUUCUCUUCAUGAACCUGCCUCUUUUCUCACCUUUGACCUAUCUUCCCCCCCAAAAAGAAAAAAGUUUCAUUGUGUGUUUUUUUAAUGGAAAACUGCAAAUCUAAUGGGUAUUUUGCCCCAGGAUAUGAUUUCUUUUCUUGAAUUUGGACUGCGUGUUACAAGUCACAAGAUAAGUAUGUUUUCUGUAUAAUCUAGUGACAUAUUGUUACCAUAGAUUGCUCACCAGUACCUUUCAACUGGCCUUGCUUUAACUGUCAGCCUUCAGUCAGCUAAUUGGCUGAAAAGCCCUGAGACCAAAGUGAUUGAAACCGUAUGGAAGAGGUAAGCAAAAGUGAACCGAAUGCCCAGUGCUUUCCCUUGGGUCCCGUGUUAAAAGAUUCUUGUCCAUGUGCAUAAGAGCAUGGAUUUAUAUUGAGACUAUGUCUGGUGUUUAAACAUUAACUUAAACUGACUACAUGAUGCACAUCCCUUAAACUGUUACAGAUCCUUGGCCUGUGAAGUUUUUAAAUUGUGUCUUAUACUAUGUAACUAGUAGGCCACAUAAAACCUCACUAACCUUUUCCUCAUAUAUUCCACAUAAGGAUAAGCACAAGAUGAGUAGUUUUUGUUUAGUGAAUACAUACAACCAAGAGUCCACGUUAUUCUGUCUUUUCUAUCCACAGUUUUCCAGAGAGGCAGAACCACAUGUCCCACCAUUAAAUAAUCCCUAAGACAUAAUGUAUUUGUUCUUUUAGGUGGGCUUUUGUGUGUGAGGGUGUUCUAGCUUUUUUUCCCUCCAGCUCUAAAAUCAUAUUGAUUUCUGGCUCUCUCCAAUGUGUAGUAGGGGAGGGUUUCCGUUUUUAAAAUUGUUACAUCUGAGUGGUUCUGCUUAUUGAUUAGAGCUGAUCAGAUUUUCCUCAUGUAGAAUCUAUUGAUCACCUAAGGAAAAUAACAGGAGAAUUGUUAAUCAUAUAUGUGUACAGAGAUAAAUGAAUACCACUUGUUUACUCAGGCUCAGCCUAGAUGACCAAUGUUUCUUCACAGACAAGGUUAAACCCUACUUUAGAAAUGGCAUAGGAAUAAGACACAGGAUGGAAUAGACAGCAGUUGCUAGCAAUCUUGUUCUCUAACACUAUUGAGUUUUCCAAAAUUCUUAAUGUUAAUUCAUUUUAAUUUUUGAAGAUAAAUAUGGUGUUAAACUACUUUUAGGAGUUAUGAGGAAUAGCUUUAAACGCAACAUCAUCAGUGUGUUCUCAUAAAUUUGAGUAUUUUGAUUUAAAGACAGGUUCCAAAACUGGUAGGGUAGGGUGUUAAUACAAGAAAAUAAAACAAUACUACAGUAGUAGCCUAUUUAAAUUUUAGCAGAAAAUUUUGGCCUUUGAGAUGCCUUGAAUAUUUAUAAUCAUUCUUCUAUAUCAUCUAUAGAACCAGGGUUCAAAGGAUGGACAAGAACGUCCCUUUUAUCCAUAUCUUUAAGGAGUUCCCCUUUUCUGUGGCCCCUUUUUAAAAUACUUGGUUGUGGUAAGGUUGACUGAUUAGGACUAGGCUAAUCAUAAUUAUGUUAUUUUACUUCUUACCACCGCUGGACUCUUAAUUUUGAGAUAGCUCUCUUGCAGCCUUCCCUGAAAAAGACAUAUCUUGUAUCUUGAGUCAGUUUUUAUAAUUUUUUUUUUUCUGAGGCAAUUUAAGUGACUUGCCCCAGAGUCACACCGCUAAGAAGUGUUAAGUGUCUGAGCCGAGAUUUGAACUCAGAUCCUCCUGACUUCAGGACUGGAGCUGUAUUCAUUGCACCACUUAGCUGACCCUUGAAUCCGUUUUUAGAUGAAAUGAUAUGUUAGGAACCCCCAGCUUAUUAAAUGAUAACCGUAUGGAAGUUGAAAAAGCAAUCUUAGUGCACUUCCUCACGACUCUUACAAGCUUCUGAUGUGAAGCAGACAAACUACCUGUGAAGUAUCCCCAUUUGGUACCAAUGAGAUUGAAGCUAAGAGGCUUAAUCAACUCAGGACAAGCAAAAGCCUGAAGCAUAAUCCACAUUUUCUGAGUCUUGGCUCAAUGUUCUUUCCAAGAAGUGAACCACCCUUCAGUUCAGCAAACUGCUAAGGAAAAACUGGGAAGGAAAAAUGAAUUAAGUUUGGAAGAAGCUGAAUAUAUAUGGUUGGUUACUUUUUUUGUUGUUACCUGGAAAUGAAGGAAAAAAUUAUUAUUUUUUUUUUGCUAGAAUAGCAGAUGGUACUGACAGGUGAAAAGAAAAUAGAAAUUGUAUACAUGUUAGCAGGGAGUAGACAGAUUAUACAGAAAGAAGUUAUCCAUCCUACAGUUUAAUUUUUUUAAUUGGUAAUUUCAAUUUAUAAAAUGAUGGCUAGUUUCUCUGCACUGGAAAAAGUUGAAUGAUAAUCUAGGUUCUUGGUCUUUGGUAUGACAUUGACCCCUUUUGGCAGUUAGAAUGAGGAAUCCUAAGAACAAUGUUACAUAGGAUUGCAAAGGGAAACAAUUACAGUGAAAUAAAUAUUUUUUUCCUACCAGAUUUAUGGACCCAGUUUAAAACCCCUAGUUCUAGGCUGCACUGUGAGAAAUAAAUAAAUUUAUUUCUGCAACUUUGCUUUUUAGUUUUUCCACUAAAAUAGUCCUUUGAAACCUAAAUACUGUUAGUCUGCUACUUGUAAUACAGAUGGGUUGUAAAAGCUACAGAUUGCUACCAAGUUACUUAAAAACCUUGGAAAACUUAGGUUUGCCUCCAUACAUAUUCUCUAAUGCCUAGUGGGUUAUGGUGCUGUCUUCUGAAAUACAGGAGAUGAUUGAUUUAGAACCCACGUAGUCCAACCUCCCUCUCAUUUUAUAUGUGAGGAAUUGGAAGCCCAGAGCUUUGAUUCAAACCCAAGUCCACAAAAUCAAAAUUUAAUGUCCUCUCCAAAGUACAACAAUAUACUAUUUUUCUUUGUUCUGCUAAGAUUCACAUAAAUGUGGUUGAAAUAAGGACCAUUUAUCCCUCUAAAGGUCUUAGAAUAGUUGAUGCUGCUAAAAUGUUAAUAAAAGCAUUGCCAGGUGUGCACAUUCAUCCAAUCCAAGGUAAUUUAUUAAAAUAUUUCUUCCACAAUAAUGCAUUAAGUGUUGUGUUGAGAAAGGAAUUAAGAAUGAUCUACUGGGUAAAUUGUAACUACUUAGCAGAUGAAAACCCUGUGAUGUUUUAUUUGAAGUGGAUUUUUUUUUUUGUACUCAAGUUGUAAAUAUUGUCUAUUAAAUGUUUCUUUAAAAAAAAAACAAAAUAAUUGAAUAGCUCAUACUUUAAGAUAGAAAAAGAACCUUUAGAAAUCUUAAGUUGUCAGCUUUGGGUGUUCUAGUCCAACCUCGACCUAACAACCAAGUAGCACAGCCAUUUGUUAAAACAUGUGGCAAAUAGUUUAAUAUAAAAGGGGAAAAGAUGACUUAUUCAGAAAAAGCUGAAAAGGAAGCCUUUUUCUACUGCCUUGACAAACAGACAUUAUAGCAGCAAAACUUAAGUUAGCAGUUACUGGUUAAAUAAAAUGAAAAUAGAAAUCCUUUCCAAAUAAAAUUGUUGGGCAAGACACAACAAUUACAUUGUUGUACAUUACAGUCUCUAGAGAGAAGGGAAUGAAUGGAAAGGCUCAACAUAAGAUUCUUUCUUGUCCUGUGUCUUUUUGUAUAGUAGUUAAUGCUGUGAUUCCAAACUAAAUACGUGAUGUGCCCUUUGUAAUAUGAACAUCCUCCUAGUAUCUUCAUAGAUGGUGAUUCAUGUGUUUCUUGAACAAUACACAAGUUCUUGAACUAGAACAACAAAUACUUCUGCAAGAUGUUAUUCCAGUCAUGUCCAAUUCUUCAGAAUCCCAUGGGUCACAGAAUGCCACUUCUGUCCAUGGGAUUUUCUUGGCAAAGCUACUGGAGUGGAUUCUUCCUUCUCUAGUGGAUUAAGGCAAAAGUCAUGUCAUUUGUCCAGGGAUCACACAACUAAGUGUCUGAGGCCAGAUUUGAACCAGUGUUUUAUUCACUGAGCCACCUAGUUGCAACUUUAAUCAACAGAUUAAGAAUUAAAUAAACAGAGACAAGGAAUAUCUCCACCA